AUGAGAACGCAGCCUGCUCAAAUGAAGCAAGACUUGGAGACUAUCUUUAGAGAGCUGGGAAUCUCUCAGUAUCUCGAUACCUUUGUGGAGCAAGGCUUCGAUACCUGGGAUACCAUUCUCGAUAUUCAGGAGUCUGACCUGUGGAUUCUCAGUGAUGCUUUGGGUGUAAAGCUGGGCCAUCGAAGAAGACUCCAGCGACGAAUCGCCAACGCAAGGGGGAUUGACCCCAGUAUCUCACUGUCAUCAAUAAAAGCCGCCAUCGAAGAGGGAAAACAUGAUGGUACUUAUAAAAGGAGAGAACCAGGUCCUGGUGAUGGUAGUAGCGGGCCAAAGCGCAAAUACCGCCGGCAUCCUAAGCCGGACGAGAAUGCACCUGAACGUCCCAUGUCCGCGUAUGUGCUCUUCUCAAACAAAUUAAGAGAAAGCCUUAAGGGCGACCGCUCUCUCACAUUUACCGAAAUUGCCAAAUUGGUGGGAGAGCAUUGGCAGAACCUAUCAUUACCAGAGAGAGAGGUAUAUGAAGGCCAAGCAAGACAGAGCAAGGAGCGAUAUUAUCGGGAGAUGGCGGUUUAUAAAGAAACACCAGAAUAUCGCAAGUAUAUGAAAUACCUCGAUGAAUUCAAUGACAAACAAUCCAAACCCAGUCAACGCAACGAGGAUGCAAAACGAGCAAGGUUGGAUCAGCAUGAGCUCAUGCACGAUCACAAUGGUUCUGGAAGUAGUAUUGUGAGCGGUAGCACAAUUUUAGGCGGUUCAACCUCAACCGCGAGCGGCAGCAGCAGCGAAAGAAGACGAGAUAGCGAAUCCCGCGAGUCUCCAAAUCCUCGGCAAAACAGCGUCAACUUGGUCUUUUCUGGCCCAGAAUCACAUCAUUCCUCAGCAGCCCCUAUCCCAUCUCCAGCAUCGGCUUACUUUGAGGUCGACAUGACAAAGAGAGGCAGCAGUUCGGGCCACUUACGGCAAGGCUCUUCAUCAUUAAGAGGGGUAACACAAAUGGUACCACAUCAAGUCGACAUGCCACAACAGCAGCAACAGCAUCUGCCAUCGCUUUCCGAUAUGCUGGCCAGUGGCCAAAGAAGAUUAGACGCCCCCGUGAUCGAGCCUGCGGGACUCCCUCACGCAUUUACAGCAACCCAUCACAGGCCAUCAGCGUCUCAAGGAGAACAUGCAUUGCUGCCCGUAUCAGUACCAGCUCUUCACCACGAGUCAUCAUCAAGCGGCAGCAGUGUCCCAACGGUGGCAUCGAGCAGAGCUAGUCGUAGAUUGAGCGAGGGACCAUUACCAAUCCACGCGCUUCUAUCAGACCAAUCUCAAACGCCUCAUCGCGGAGAUGAAGGCCCGUUAUAUACAGCCAGCUACGUUGCUAGUCCAGUUGAGCGGGGGAGGUCAGCCUUUGGUCCAUACCAAGGGCCUAAGGGAUAUGGUACCUAA